AUGAGAGAAGUCAUCUCCCUUCACGUUGGUCAAGCCGGUGUCCAGAUCGGUAACGCCUGCUGGGAACUUUACACCGUCGAGCACGGUCUGAGCCCCGAUGGUCGACUGAACGAUCCCUCGGGCAACCACGACGAUGGUUUCUCCACCUUCUUCAGCGAGACCGGUGCCGGAAAGCACGUUCCGAGGUCGCUUUACGUCGACUUGGAGCCCAACGUCAUUGACGAGGUCAGGACCGGAAAGUACAGGUCGUUGUUCCACCCCGAGACCCUCGUCAACGGCAAGGAAGACGCUGCCAACAACUACGCUCGAGGUCACUACACCAUCGGAAAGGAGCUCAUCGACAAUGUCAUGGACCGAGUUCGACGACUCGCCGACAACUGUUCCGGUCUCCAAGGAUUCUUCGUCUUCCACUCGUUCGGAGGUGGUACCGGUUCCGGUUUCGGAAGUCUGUUGUUGGAGAGGUUGAGCACGGAUUACGGAAAGAAGAGCAAGCUCGAGUUCUCCGUCUACCCCGCUCCCAAGAUGUCCACCUCGGUCGUCGAGCCUUACAACUCGGUCUUGACCACCCACACCACUUUGGAACACUCGGACUGUUCGUUCAUGGUCGACAACGAGGCCAUCUACGACAUCUGCCGAAAGAACCUCGGAAUCCAGUCUCCUGGAUACACCAACUUGAACAGGUUGAUCGCUCAGGUCGUCUCUUCCAUCACCGCUUCGCUGCGAUUCGAUGGAUCCCUGAACGUCGACUUGAACGAGUUCCAGACCAACUUGGUUCCCUUCCCCCGAAUCCAUUUCCCCCUUGCUUCUUACGCUCCUAUCAUCGGUGCCGAGAAGGCCUUCCACGAGUCCAACUCGGUCGCCGAGAUGACCAACGCUUGUUUCGAGGCCUCGUCGCAGAUGGUCAAGUGUGACCCUCGUCAGGGUAAAUACAUGGCCACCUGUCUGCUCUACCGAGGAGACUGUGUGCCCAGGGAUGUCAACGCCGCCGUCGUCAACGUCAAGACCAAGAGGACCAUCCAGUUCGUCGACUGGUGUCCUACCGGUUUCAAGCUCGGUAUCUGCAACGAGCCUCCCGCGCUCGUCCCUGGUGGAGAUCUCGCCAAGGUAUCGCGAUCGCUCUGCAUGUUGUCCAACACUACUGCCAUCGCUACCGCCUGGUCGCGUCUCGACCACAAGUUCGACUUGCUUUACUCCAAGCGUGCCUUCGUUCACUGGUACGUCGGUGAGGGUAUGGAGGAGGGUGAGAUGUCCGAGGCCCGAGAGGACUUGGCUGCUCUGGAGAAGGAUUACGAGGAGGUCGCUUUGGAGACCAACGACGGUGAAGAGGAGGCCGAGUACUAA